GGUGGCGGGCAGGCUCUAGCCGCGGCCCCGCAGCUCCUCGCCGAGGCGGCGAGGCCUCUGCUCCCUCCUUCCUUGCCUCAGUCGCUGCCUGGCCCCGGCGCGAUGUCGGGCGGCGCGGCGAGCGCCCCCAAGCCCCUCCCGUCCUCCGGGCCCAAGUCGCUGCGGGAGAUGCCGCAUCCCCUGGCCACGUCCAGCAGCGAGGAGAUGGGGCCGGCGCUCACCCCCAGCCCUGACCUGCUCCUGCCUCGCAGCAUCGCCGACAAGGAUCUUAGUCUGCCUAAUGGCACACCUGUGGACACUUCUAGCCCAGCCUCCUCCUCAUCUCUCCUUAACAGACUGCAGCUGGAUGAUGACUUGGAUGUGGAAACUAGAGACCUCUUUGUUACUGUUGAUGAUCCCAAAAAACACGUGUGCACGAUGGAGACAUAUAUCACAUACAGGGUUACAACAAAGACUACGCGAGCAGAGUUUGAUUUGCCGGAGUAUUCUGUCCGUCGGCGAUACCAAGACUUCGACUGGUUGAGAAACAAGCUGGAAGAGUCUCAGCCAACGCAUCUCAUUCCCCCUCUUCCUGAGAAAUUUGUGGUGAAGGGUGUUGUUGAUCGCUUUUCUGAAGAGUUCGUGGAGACAAGGAGGAAAGCAUUAGACAAGUUCUUGAAGAGAAUAACUGAUCACCCAGUGCUUUCUUUCAAUGAGCACUUCAACGUCUUUCUCACAGCCAAGGAUCUUAAUGCCUACAAAAAGCAAGGAAUGGCAUUGCUGUCAAAGGUGGGGGAAUCUGUCAAAUAUGUUACAGGAGGCUACAAAUUAAGAAGUCGGCCACUGGAGUUUGCAGCCAUUGGGGAUUAUCUAGACACAUUCUCUCUAAAGCUUGGUACCAUUGACAGAAUAGCACAGCGCAUCAUCAAAGAACAAUUAGAAUACUUGGUGGAACUACGAGAAUAUGGACCUGUUUAUUCAACCUGGGGAGGGCUGGAGGUUGAGCUGUCAGAGCCACUGGAAGGGGUGUCUGCCUGUAUUGGAAAUUGUUGCACAGCUCUUGAAGAACUCAGUGAAGACAUGACAGAAGACUUCCUGCCUGUGCUUAGGGAAUAUAUAUUGUAUGCUGAGUCAAUGAAGAAUGUGUUGAAGAAGAGAGACCAAGUUCAAGCAGAGUAUGAAGCAAAACUGGAAGCAGUAGCCUUGAAAAAGGAAGACCGUCCAAAGGUACCCACAGAUGUUGAGAAAUGUCAAGACCGAGUAGAAUGUUUCAAUGCUGACCUGAAAGCAGAUAUGGAGAGAUGGCAGAACAACAAAAGACAAGACUUUAGGCAGCUACUCAUGGGGAUGGCAGAUAAAAACAUCCAGUACUACGAGAAGUGCCUUACGGCGUGGGAGUCAAUUAUACCACUAUUGCAAGACAAGCCAGAGACCAAAUAAGAAGUACCUUCAUGGACAGUCUAGCACUUCUAUGCUCAGUACCACUAGACAUACUGGAACUGUAUGAAGGACUCUUUUUUGUCAAGUUAACUGAAAUGACAGCUGCACUUAAGCUGGAACAGACGCUCUGAAAACUAUUUGAAUUUUUUCCUCAAUUUUUGUGUUUAAACUGGGGUAUGUUUCAUCUUUUUGAGUUAUCUUGAAUGGUUCCUUCUUUAUCCUAUGGAGUGAUUGGGGUUUCAUAGUGAAAGUGCAUGGGGAUCUUGAUAAAACUUACCUCUCUAGUCUGGAAGGAACUGAUGAGUGGAACACUAAAAAGAUGAAAAUAAAACUCUACUGCAAGGUGCCAUAUGACAUCUUUAUUACCAUUCUGUUUUGUUUGCUAAAAAAAACCAACAAUAAUUAUUUCUAUGAUACUGUACUCCCUAACCAAUCCUUAUCCUUUUUUUUUUUUUGAAUGGACAGGGAAAGGCUGGGAAAGAAUAUUUUCUGUUUCACUACAGCCCAUAUGCUCCCUCUGAAUAAAAUGGUCUCUGGAGACUUUUCUGUCUGGGAGUUGGUCUGGUCUUAGAACAUACCACCACCACCCACAGAUAGCCUGUGGUGCAAGCAUGAACUGUGGUUUUUGUGAGUGUGGCAUGCUGUUGGUUCCUACUGAGUAUCAUUGUUUACCUUGGUGAUUAUGAAGUAAUGUCAGUUGGCUGAAGUGUACUUGUGAUUGACUUGGGGAUUGGGAUCAGCCUAGCUGCGGGAACGAGCUGAACAGCAGCCUUUCAAGGGCCCCUUUUAGGGGAAUGGUGGAGGAAGUAUGAGUCUUUAACUUUUCUAAAGCUAGCUCAGAAGUGGCAUGGUGCAAUUCUCUUAGACCAUGCUUUAAAUAUGGGUUUUACUAGAGCCACUUCAGGCUUGGUCACUUAAGAUGCCUGCUGUAAUAAAGGUAGGACUCUGCUUCCUCUCCCCAUGUGUUUUUUUGCAGCAGCCAAAAAGCCAAAAAGUGUCAAAUGUUUGCUUCCACCAAGCAUCAGCGUGUGUGAAACUUGCCUUAAAUGGCUUGGUGGGAGGUAGAUGGGUACCCUGGUAGGUACAAAGUGUUCAUACCUGUCUCUGCUGAACAACAUGGCAAGUCUUUUAAGAUUACUUUUGUUACAGAUUCAUUUUCUUAGUAGUUUUUAUUGGCCUUUAGAAAAGUAACUGCUUCUGCAAGUCCCUUUUUUUCUCCUUUCUCUUGCAGUCCAACCUCAAGUAAAUGCCUAUUUGGUGUUGGUGGCCUUAGGAAUGCUGACGUGAUUCCCAGGGUCCUAGAGUCUUGGUUUAACAGCAUGCAGAUAAAUCUUUUUUAACCAUCCUAAGGGUGGGAGUUGGGGCUCGUAUCACUGUAAUAUUUGGAUUUGGGGGAAUAAAUAAUUCAGUGCUUACUGCUAAAUUUUAGUCAUUUAGUUAACAUUCUUGCAAAGAACCUGAGCAGUAAUUGAGAAUGUCCAAAUUCUGUGUUCUCCUAUGACAACUUAUCACGUUUGGAAUUUGUCUGAUUUGGAAUUUGUCCCUUCAUAAACACCAAGUGAACCUGCAGCCUACUCAGCUUGGUGGCUUUAUAGCAAGUCUCAAGAUGAGUUAUUGCAGUACUGUGGUAGCUCUCAGGCUAAUGAGGUGGUGCUCUCUGUAUGAAAAAGUCAAGUUUAAGACAUUUUAAGAGGUCUUCCUUUUUGAUUCAGCCUUCACUGACAACUCUGUGGUACUAAACAAACUAUGCUUCUUGUUUUAAACUCAGUUUGUCUAUACACUUACGUGGUGUAAAUGAGAACUCUGCGUUAAGUUGUUGUUAGGUUCAGAAUAACAGACUACUCUUGUUGCGCAAGGGAAGUACUUAGGGGGAUCAUCUUGAAGCAGCCUUUCCUUCUAGAAUAAGCACUUGCAUACUAUAUGAGAGUCUAACCUUCAGGGUUACAGUCUUCCCCGUUCUCCACAAACAGAGAUCAGCAUGCUUUUGGAGUUGGUUCCUGUGUGGUAAAUGGAAUUUUGUAGUUGACUCUACAACAUCACUGGGAGUCAAGCAAAAUAUAAUUUGAACUAAUACUUAGUCAGUGUUCCCUCCAUCUUAUUAAAAAAA